UUUACAGCUGUUUAAUUAUGCAGGUAUAAAAAGCAGGCAUAGUGUUCAAUUUAAUAAAACUGUUAUCUGAACACCGUGUGCCACAAUACAGCACAAUGCUUCUAUUGCGCUGCCAAAGUAUUAUCACUAUCACCUGCAAGAGCUGCUGCCAAACAAGAAGCGAGAUUCCGAAGAUGUCUGACAAUGGCACUGCCAGCGAGCCUGCGAACAAGAGCGCCCUGCAUGGGCUGCACGUGCUCUCCACGGUCCUGUACUCCCUCACCUUCCUCCUGGGCACCACGGGCAACGGCCUGGUCGUCUGGAUCACCGGCUUCAAGAUGAAGAAGACGGUCAACACCGUGUGGUUCCUCAACCUGGCCGUCGCCGACUUCACCUUCACCGCUUUCCUGCCCCUCACCAUCGCCACCAACGCACUGGGAUUCAGGUGGGUCUUCGGGGGCUUCGUGUGCAAGCUGAACUCGUGGGUCCUGGUCACGACGAUGUACGGCAGUGUGUUCCUCCUCGCCGCCAUCAGCCUGGACCGCUGCAUCUCCGUGGUGGCCGCGGUUUGGGCACACAACUUCCGCACAGUCCAGAAGGCCUACCUCGCCUGCUUCCUUCUCUGGGCGGCCGCCCUCCUCAUGAGCUCCCCCUAUUUGGCUUUCCGCGACGCGGUCGAGAAUCACAACGUGACGUACUGCGUCCUCCGGCGCCACAACUAUUCAUCCAAAGCCCUGUUGAGGGUGCACAAGACCCUGACCCUGAUGCGGUUCUUCUUUGCCUUUCUCUUCCCUUUCCUGGUCAUCAUCUCCUGCUACAUCCUCAUCGCGCAACGGCACUGCGCCAAGCAGCGGCAGCGCUCUUACAAACCGCUCCGAAUCGUGGUUGCCGUCAUUGUGACCUUUUUCGUUUGCUGGCUUCCAUUUCACGUCCUCCAGCUCGUGGAACUGAGAGCCCAUGAAACACAAGACUCUUUUCUGUGGAUGCUGGUGCAUUUCGGGAUGCCCAUCGCCACUGGCAUGGCUUUCUUCAACAGCUGCAUGAACCCAAUUCUCUACGUGUGCAUGUGUCAGGACUUCCGGGAGAAGUUCAAGAAGUCCAUCCUGCUGGCGAUUGAAAGCGCCUUCGUGGAGGAGGGGACUGUGUACUCCCUGAGCGCAUCCCGGCGCUCCACAGGACAGCACUGCAGGGUGAGCCUGAAGCCGGAGACUGUGAACCGCACCGAACACUGGACCAUACCGAGUACAUACAGACUUGCAAAUCCCCUUUCAGUCACUGCUUUAUGAUUGUACCAUGUUACGGUUCCUAUCUGUAUCUAUUUUAUAGUGCGUGUGUGUUUUAUUUUAUUUUUUUGUCUGUUUUGGCUGGGCAGCCUCCCGAACUCCAGAGUUAAAUAAAAAUUUGUGACCAAGGGGGAUAUAGUUGGAAACAUUACAGGAGUCCGUAGGUGAGCUUGGUUCACAACAAACAACUGCCAUCUCAUUGCAGUUUGGGGUGAUCAAACUUGACGCUCACACACCUAACACAUCGCGUAUAUUAACUGAUUACACCACUCUGCAUCAGACCUGGAACUCAUGAACCACUACUAAAAACGUGCUUUUUUUAUAUAUAUUUUUUUAUUUUUACUUGGUUGGCUUCUCAAACAUGACUUAUAAGAUGUUAAUAUGACCGAUUCCCCUCUAGAAAUUUGCUGCCCUUAAUAAGAAAUGUAAAAGUGCAGCACAGCCAAAAAUAUGCAUAUCCUGUGUACGAAACCCACAGUAACCACGGUGACAUAAUGGGUUCCAGUGCUUUUUUUGUCCUUUUUUUUUGCACUGGUGCACAGACAGGCCUGUUUUUAUUCUUUGCCUUUAUCACUUUUUUUAAAAAUAUUCUCUUGCAGAGGAGAUGAUAAUAAUAAAGCAGUCUUUGUGAA